UUGGUUUUCUGGUGCAAGUGGCUCUUCCCAGCAAGCCUUUCAUGAUGAUGGAGCCCUUCUUGGGAACCUGGAAACUGGUCUCCAGUGAAAACUUUGAGGAUUAUAUGAAAGAACUGGGAGUGAAUGCUGCAGCCCGCAACGUUGCAGGGUCGGUGAAACCAAGCGUCACAAUUAGCACUGAUGGGGAAACAGUGCACAUCCAAACAGAAAGUUCUUUGAAGAACACGGAGAUCGCCUUCAGGCUGGGGGAGGAAUUUGAUGAAACCACCCCAGACAACCGAAACGUAAAGAGCAUCAUAACAUUAGACAAUGGCUCAAUGAUUCAGGUCCAAAAAUGGCUCGACAAAGAGACAACAAUCAAAAGAAAAAUUGUAGAUGGAAAAAUGGUAGUGGAAUGUACCAUGAAUAAUAUUGUCAGCACUAGAAUCUAUGAAAAGGUUUGAAGAAAAGGGUCCACAUCAAGAAGCACUUGUUCACCAAAGGAAACUGAUACUUGAAGAAAAUAUGCCCCAAGACCAAUAAUUUUUUAAAAAUCUAAU